AUGCCCAAGAAAAAGCCAACUCCUGGUGAUGAGCCCAAGAAGGAGACAACUUCAGAUGAGGAAUCCGGGGAUGAGACAACUCCUGGUGCCAGUCCCAAGGAUGAUCCUGGUAGCAGUCCCAAGGGUAGGAAUAGUCCAGGGAAGAAAAAGAAAGUCAUUGGAGCUGUCAUUGGAGCCACAGUGGGAGCAGGAGUGGCACUGGUUGGCAUCCCGUUGUUCAUCAGCGCACUGGGGUUCACAGGAGCCGGCAUCGCCGCUGGCUCCAUCGCUGCCAAGAUGAUGUCAGCAGCUGCCAUUGCCAACGGGGGAGGAGUGGCUGCCGGCAGCACCGUGGCCGUGCUGCAGUCGGUCGGAGCUGCAGGUUUCUCUCUUGCUACCAAAAUUGGGCUGACAUCUGCACUGAGCACAGUUGGUGGAGCAAGCGGUUUUUUGCUGUCCAAGAAAGCUCGAAAAGACAAAGCUAAAAAAAAGGACAAAAAUUCAAGUGACAAACCCAAGAAAAAGUAA